AGUGAGCGGCUCAUUGUUUGGACAAGCAGCAGUGUUAUUUCUGACAUCCUAGUGCGACGGUCGACUUUGAAUCUUCGAAGGGCCGAGUUGCCAAAGCCUUUGAUAAUUUCAAGAUUGAAGCUACUUUAUACCAGGUCCACAUAUAAUAUCCAGUGGUGAAUGAUGUUGGUUUUAUAAAAAAAAACCGUUGUAACAUCCAGUUCUCGAUCUAGAGAAGAGAGACCUAUUUCGAAGGAGGAAUAUUGAUCGUUGCUAGGCAAGGAGGUGUCCAGAGAAAUGUUCGAGCUAUUCAGAGAUAACCAGAGCGCUGUGGACGAAUUCCUGAGAAACAGAACACGAUGGUUACCCACACGAAUUUCUUUGGCCAUCAUGGCCUGGUUCGGCUUCGUCAACCUGUACAUGGUCAGGAUCAACUUGUCAGUUGCAAUCGUGGUGAUGGUUAGGAGGAACACCACCAGUGGCGCUGCUGUCGCCUGUGAAUCUCCCUUUGGGGAGAACGUCUCUGUAUCCCUGCAUAAUGCAGAUAAUGAAACAUCGGAUUACUUGUUGUCACAAGGAGCUUAUCAAUUAUCUACAGCGAUCCCAACUGCACUAGAUGAGGAGGGUGAAAUGCCCUGGGACGAAACGACUCAGGGUCUGGUCCUCGGAGCUUUCUUCUACGGAUAUUCCCUCACGCAGAUUGCAGGAGGUAGAAUGGCGGAGCUCUACGGAACGAAGAUAGUCUUCGGACUCUGCAUCCUGGCGGGUGGAAUUUGCGCGAUCCUGUCCCCCGUGAUGGCUCGGGCGCAUUAUGGGGCCCUGAUUGGGUUACGUGUCGUCCAGGGAAUGUUCCAGUCAUUUCCAGGGAGUUUAUUUCCAGGGAGUCUCUAUUUCCAGGGAGUCUCUUGGCCGUCCAUGCACGCCUGCAUAUCUCGAUGGAUUCCUCCGAUAGAGCGGCCGAGAUUCAUAGCCAUCGUCUACCUCGCAAGCACUUUGAGCUCUGCCAUGACACUUCCUCUGUGCGGGGUUAUUAUCGACAACCACGGCUGGGCCUCCCAAUUUUACGUGAUGGGGGCUCUCUCUCUCCUGUGGUGCUGCUUCUGGUUCGCUUUCAUGUACGAUUCGCCCGAUGAGCAUCCAAGAAUAAGCGACGACGAACUCAAGUACAUACAAACAGCGCUCCGGGAGAGCGGGACCGACGGUAACCCGCCCAGGAGAAUUCCCUGGAAGGAGAUAUUCACGAAUCUACCCGUUUGGGCCAUCUUGUCUGCCUGCACGGGUAACGGAUGGGGCAUUUCCCUCCUCUUCGCCCAGCUGCCCACCUACAUGAAGAACGUCCUUGGGUUCUCCAUCCGCAGCAACGGAGCCUUAUCAGCAGUUCCCUUCCUCUGCCGUUACAUUGGUGGGAUUAUCUGGAGCUCUCUGGCAGCUUGGUUGAUCACUCGGGAAUAUCUUUCGCUCAGGACGUCCAGGAGAGUCUUCGGUGCAAUCUCCCUGUGGGGUCCAGCUGCCAUGAUUUUGGGAGUGUCCUUCGCGGGGUGUGAUGCCAAGCUCGCCAUCAUUCUGCUUUGUCUGGCACUGUUCCUAAAUGGUGCCACAACCACUAGCGGCCUCGUCAACCACACUGACAUUGCGCCGAAUUUUGCUGGAACUCUUCUAGGAUUGGACAACACCGUGGGAGCCAUUAUAGCCUUCGUCGUGCCAAUUGUGACAGGCGUAAUGACGGAAGGACAGCAAUCUCUCGAGGCCUGGCAAAGAGUAUUUUGGAUCUGUGUCCCUAUGUACUUUUUCACUGCCAUAUUCUUCUUGAUAUUUGUCUCAACCGACGUCCAGCCCUGGAAUGACUUGGGACAUUCGGUUAAAUCCACUACCCCUGCGCCCAAGAAGGACGCUCCAUCCAGCUGGGGUGAUGUUUCCUUGGAAUCCAGGUAAAAAAGUCACAGGAGAAACUCCCCCUGCAUCUAAAGGUGAGUUUACACUAGGCUGCAUGCGUAAGACUCAUCUCCAACUCCACCCACAUUUUUGUCAGCCCUGCCUACUGGACUGUUCAUCAAGAGUCACACCACACCACCAACUCAACCUAACGAGCAGUCCAGUAGGUGGGGCUAACAACAUCACCAAUUCCUCCCAAAUUCUUGUUAGCCUCGCCUACUGGACUGCUCAUCAAGGGUCACGCCACACCACCAACUCACCCUACUGAGCAGUCCAGUAGGUGGGGCUAACAACAUCAUCAACUCCUCCCAAAUUUUUGUUAGCCCCGCCUACUGGACUGCUCAUCAAGAGUCACGUGGGGCUAACAACAUCACCAACUCCUCCCGAAUUCUGGUUAGCCUCGCCUACUUGACUGCUCAUCGAGAGUCAUGCCACACCACCAACUCACCCUACUGAGCAGUCUAGUAGGCGGGGCUAACAAGAAUUUGGGAGGAGUUGGUGAUGAGUCUUAAGAAAGACACUCCAUCUGGAAGGGGUGAUGUUUCCCUGGAAUCCAGGUAAAAAAGUCACAGAAAAACACUCGCAGGAAAAAAAAAGUCACAUUAAUCUUUCAUUGACAGUAUAACCACCAAGGAUUUUAACCCAGUAUGUAUCCACCUUUGCAAAGGCAUAUUUAGUACUACGCCCAUUGGGGCUGACCAUGAAACCACAAACAAAAGACUGUAAAUAUCAUAAAUAUAAUGACCCCCCCCAAGAAGCAUUAGCCCUAGAUGACAACCUCUGAAAACCCUUGGGGGUUCACGAUCUGGAUAAGAUCCAAAAUAUUUUCUGUUUUAUUACUUAAUUUGCUUUCAUUGCCACCAUAAAUUAGGGUGAACUUUUUUCCUGUGACUUUUUUCCAGUGACUUUUUUCCCCUGUGACUUCAUUACCGGCUACCCUUUUUCCCUGGGGUAGGGGUUCUCUUGAAUCUGAACCGAAUUGUAUCUCUAUUUGUAUUGCCGCGUGAUACGAAAAUAAACGUAUUUUCGCUUACUCGGGGAGUAAGCCCACAAAUUACUUUGUUGUUGAUAUUGUUGGGGGGAGGUGGCUUAGGCGAGCUUAAAAAGUGUCUGUAAAAGGUGUUUUGCAUUGAGUUAAAUUUACAAGAAUUCUAGGAUAGGAUAUUUAUGAUUUAUUUAUAAGAAUGGAAAUGUAAAAAAAUAAAUAAUGUUUAUAUUAAAUAGUACAAAAAUAAUGAUUUCCAAUAAAAUAUGGAGUAUUUAUUUUAAUUCUCGUUGGUGAAACCACGCUCUUUUUGACUGUAGAUUUUAGAACGGGCCCCGAGUAAGCUGGAAGUCGAAUCACGCCUAGUUAUUGUGGUUUUUAACCAAAGUUUUGGAUUUGGUAUAGUAUAUCUUAGGAAAAUGGUUUAUGCUGUUUCAGAGUUAUGUAAGAGGACUGAUACAGCGUACAAUUACAUUAUACAUUUGAUAAAUGUUACAACUGUUACUCUGGUUUUGUGAGUGUGUUUUUUAUUCAUGAUAAACUGCGUUGUUAAACU